AUGGCAUCGUCAUAUUUUAUAGACCGUAUUUCGAACCAUGCACAUACUGAUGCUGAGUCAAUUAUCGAGGAAACAGUAAAACUGUUACCAACUUCCGACGACUAUAAAGCAGCCAUUUUGGACAGUCGUAUCAAACGCAGUUCGGGUGCCUCCUCCGACUCUGAUGACAGCGGUUCCGUGAAUACAGACAGCUCAGAAUCUAGUGAAAGUGCAGACAGUUCAGUCUCAAACGACCGUAAGAAACGCAGUGCGGGAACCCCCUCCGACUCUAAUGACAGCGGUUCCGUGAAUGCAGACAGUUCAGUAUCUAGUGAAAGUGCAGACAGUUCAGCCUCAGACGACCGUAAGAAACGAAGUGCGGGUACCUCCUCCGACUCUGAUGACAGCAGUUCCGUGAAUGCAGACAGUUCAGUAUCUAGUGAAAGUGCAGACAGUUCAGCCUCAGACGACCGUAAGAAACGCAGUGCGGGUACCUCCUCCGACUCUGAUGACAGCGGUUCCCUGAAUGCAGACAGUUCAGUAUCUAGUAAAAGUGCAGACAGUUCAGCCUCAGACGACCCGAUUCCGUGA